AUUAAUCUUUAAUCUAUGAUGUACCAUACUACCAUAGAGUAAUAUUAUUCUAUGUGAUGUACAUGGUACAAUAUUGAUAAGAAAUUAUGAUAUUUUGAUAAGAUAAUAGACAAUUUAUAAUUGUUGUUAAUUUUUUCCGUUCAUGAUUACUGCCGAGACCGUCCAUUUUCGAGUCUCCGCUCAAUAACCAUCUCGAUGCUAAAACAAUAAAAAAAAAAAUUCUAGGUUUCGUAUGAGAGAAAUUCUCAUUAAAAAGUGAAGGCAUUUCGUUAACGCUGGCAACGAAACGUAACAAAACCGCGCGGUGUAAAAUCAUUUAAAUUGUGCUUACACCACACACGUCUUGAGUGCUGUGUGUACUUUGUACAUUCAUUGUACGUGUUAACGUGAAAAACGUUAGUGUCUUGUGAAAUCGCAUUAUGCAACAGCAAUCGUUUAAAUGGGCAUAACCAAGUAUCAAUGGACGAAAGGGUAAGCAUCCGUGAUAAUACAAAACCUCUAAGGAAAUAUGGCAGUAUAAGUAACAACACAUACUUUGUCCGCAAUGAGCACUUCAUCAAACAUGUUGUCACGGAGACGGACACACUGCAGGGGCUUGCACUUAAGUACAGCGUGACGACUGAACAAAUACGAAAUGCCAACCGACUGUUUACGAACGACAGUUUGUUCUUGAGGGAACAUCUGAACAUACCUACUUGCGAUAUCAAUGCCACUGGUACAAGCAACUUCCAAAAUGACAAAGGAUCAAAACUACCCAAUAUAUCACCGAUUGAAGAGCACAACAUUGAUGACUGUAAUAAUUUCUUAAAUAAAAUAGAUAACAAAAUUGCUAGUGCAAGAGCUCAAGUUAUAGAUAGUCAAGACAGAAGUGUGUACUGUCCAGAAGAACAAGUAUUAUUUACACGCCAACGAUUAACAAGUCGUAGAAUACAGGGUCCUUCAAUAAGUACAGAUGAAAUACCAAUAAUAGUGACCCAGAAUCUAAAGUUAAUGAGUUCACGACAGCGGCUGGAACAAGAAGAAGAAGAAAUGUUUACUCUGUGAUAAAUAGUAAUAUAAUGUACCUAGCCAAUAUUAUGUUUAACUAUAACUAUUUUAUAGUAACUACCUUAAAACAAUUUCGAUUGAAAUGUUGACAUAUUAAUAUAAUCUAACUGAUUUGUAACUUGUUUCUAAAAAGCUAUUGUAAUUAACUUUCAAUCUAAGUAAGGUUGUGGUUACGUUAUUUUUUAUGUUUAAAAGUACAUUUAUUUUUUGCCUAUAUUUGACAUGUAACAAAUUAUGUGUUUGGUUCUGUUUUAAUGUUGUAAAUUAAAUAUUAUUUUUGAUCAAUAAAUUAUGUUUUCUGUUAAUUGUUGGUAUUUUAAAUAUUUUUUUUUUUCAUUAUUAUUAUUGAUAUUAUAUACAUUAAAUUAAUUGUAGAAUUUCAAAACGCCAGGUGACGUAACUGUAGUCACCUUUGUUCAAAAUGUUCAGCAUCAUAUCUCUAAUAUUUAUGUACAAUGUACACCUUAUACAUUUAUCAUAUAAUAUAAAUAAAUUAUUUAUUUAGUUUUCAAACAAAAUAUUUAAUAAUCUUUUAUAUUGAUACUAUUAUUUUAAUUUAUAUUUAUUGAACAAAUUUAUUUAAUGUAUUUUUUUAAAACUUU